AUGGCUCAAUCUCGUCCCAGCACGCUGACCAGCCUGGCUGAUGCAUACAAAAACUGCAAGUCUUCGUAUGCUGCCCCAAUCAUCAAUCUGAUGGGCAUUGUCAUAGACGUCUUACCUCCGACAACUAACAACAUGACUGGAGAAGAGCCUCCCNCGACUCCAUCUGUAGGCGACAUUGUUCUUAUCCGUAAUUGCAAGGUAUCUACGAUUAAAAUGGGUUUUGUCGUCACACAUCCUUUGACACUGUAUACAGNNGUCAUAGCCGUCCGCGGUUCACCCCUAAUAGCUAAUGUGAAGAGAUUGACAAGCACAAUCGUCUAUCAAGCAGCUUCAAUACCAGAGCCAGGGUUCAUGCAAUCUUUUCUCGGUGAANAAGAUAUCCCAUCCCUGCCUCAAGAUCCAACUCCAAAACCUACGAAGCAGGAGCAGAUGUACGCAAUCACUCUCAGGCAACUUGCUUCAUCUCUCAUCGAUACUGCUGGUUCUUCUAACGCUGUUUCAAUUCCUACUCGACCUGCCGCUGAUAGAGCUGUUGGACCUCCGCAGACCAAGGGCAAGUUCCGCUUGAUCCAAAAUGUCAACUACAAUGACUAUUGCGACCUUGCUGUUGAAGUCGUAAAGAAGUUUCCAAACUCGAAUGGCAACAUGGAGCUAUAUGUCACUGACUACACAGCCAACGAUUCGUUAUACGACUAUCCGGCUCCGGAUGAUGCAGAUGCGGACGAUGAAUUCAGCAGGGAUGGUGAUUGCUAUGGGUACAUUUCGAACGUCACUGGCAAGCGUAAAAACUGGUCCGGACCUUCUGGUCGCCGUACUCUGCAAGUUGAACUCCUUCNNCCCCCUCACGCAGGAUAUGCUCGGGACAGAGUCAAAGAAGGUGAGUUUAUCAAGCUUUCAAACGUUCGCAUCAAGCAGAGCAGAGUGGAAAAGAUGGAAGGAAACCUCUGGCCAGAUAGACAAUUCCCGGACAAGAUCUUGAUUCAACCGUUGAAAGAGGCUAAGCUCCUCAAAACUCUUACCAACCGCCGGGAAGGCUAUUGGGGAGAACGCAACGCCCAAGCUGUGGCCAAGAAAGACAGCAAGGAANGCCGAAAAGCUGGAAAGGAGAAUGGCUAA